CCUUAUGAGGUCUUUCUCACAAACAGAGAAAUUCAUUUGUCAUCCAAUUCGGUUCUAAAAGAGUGAUAAUUCAAAACAUUCUAUUAAAGUAAGUAGAAUUCAAUUGUCCCUCAACAUGGAAUCCCUUUCCCAGACCAUGUCCGUCGAGGCCAUUGCCGCCAUCAAGGCAAAGCGCUUGGCCAUGAAGCGUCAGGACAAGGACGCCAUCGCGAAUUCCAAGCGGCUGCUAAGGGCGGAGCAGCGCCAGGUUGACGAGCAUCAGGUGGAGGUGUGCAGGAAGGCAAUGGAACGGGAGCGGCAGAACGUUCCCUACGAAGAGAAACUGCUGGGCGAAAAGGACCUAUCCGGCGUACUGCGCACCCUGGCGCUUGUCUACGAUAUUGGUGCACGUCGUUUUCUGCCCAAGCACAGUGGUCAACCCGACGAAUCUCCAGAGCCCGAAAAACUACCAAAAGCUCCAAAGGUGUCGUCGAAAAAGAAACGAUAUAAAGAGCUAUCUUUGAAAUACAAUCGCUACGAUCAGGAGAAAUUCCUCAAGGACCAAGAAGCCUUUGGCAUCAAUCCGCUGGGUAGUAAUCUAAAGAAGAGGAAAUUCAAUAAGGAUCUUGGAGAGGACCAUGAAGAGGUGUCUAGCAAGAGGAUCGCCAAGGAGACUGACAAGAAGAGCAGCAAGAGGAGCAGCAAGAAGACCAGCAAGGAGUCCAGCUUAGAGGCUACCUCAGAUGAGCGACCUUCAUGCAGUCGCCGGCAUACCACUGCCGAGAAGGGCAGACGCCGCUCUUCGAAUAAUAAACCCAUCAUCGUGGUGCCGGCGGCCCUGACCAGCCUGAUUAACCUGUACAAUGCCAAGCAACUGCUGCAGGAGAUGCGCUAUGUGUCGGUGGACCAGGUCCGCAAGUCGGGUGUCCAGCCCACCGAAGAGGUUGUCCUAGAACGCCUUGUUCAGGGUGAACUUGUGCGCUAUCGGGUGAUUGACAACGUGAAGCGUCUGAAGCCCGAGGAGUGGCAGCAUGUGGCUGCUGUAUUUGCCAUGGGACCUCAGUGGCAGUUCAAGGGUUGGCCCCACGGUGGCGAUCCAGUAGCCAUUUUCCAUGAGGUCUGCGCCUUUCACUUGCACUUCAAGAACACUGCGCCGAGCAAGGAGCUGCGCAACCUGAAGGUGAACAUGCUCGCUCUGCCGCAGCACGAACGUCACUUGGACUGUGGCAUCAUGAAGGAGUUCUGGGAGAAGCUGGACCAUCACAUCGCCGUGCGGGCCAAACAGUUUGCGUUUAUGAAGCAGAAGUAGGGCCUUUUGCAAACACAUAGAGGCAGAGAUAAGCGGGAAAAUCAAUAAAUGAAAUUGAAUAAGCCAGAACAAAGGACGAAGGACAAAGACACACACACACAGACACGGCUCGGCGCAUCACGGCACACAUGGGGCGGUCUUUCGAUAAUAAAAAGU